CUUAAAAUUCAGAGAAAUCAUAAAAUGCUGCAUGCAGUCUAAAGGGCCUCCCUGUACAAGUGGAUACUAAAUUGAGAGAUCCAGGAGUGAUCUGUUUAAACAAAACAUCUAGCAGUUUAACGUUUCAACAAUCCAGCUAUCCAGAGCAUCAGUGAUGAACGCCCUCCUCGCUGGUUCAUCCCUGCACGACCCUGAUAAAGAAGACUCUUGGCCCCCACUCUCACCACCACCAUGUGACAUAAGUGAUGAUGAGCUAGUCAGCAUCAGUGUUCGAGACCUCAACCGCCAGUUGAAGCUUCGUGGUCUCUGCCGAGAAGACAUUAUUAAAAUGAAACAAAGACGAAGAACUCUCAAGAACCGAGGAUAUGCAGCCAGUUGCCGUAUAAAGAGAAUAGAACAAAAGGAUGAGCUUGAGUCAGAACGAACAACUGAACAAGUUGAUAUCGACAAAUUUGUGAGUGAUAAUUUAAAUAUGAGAGCAGAAAUUGAUAGAUUAUACCAAAAUUAUGAAGCCCUGAAAAAGUUUGCCAACCAGAAGAAUAUUCCUCUUCCACCAGAUCUGGAGGCUCUUUGAUCUUUACUUUGCUAGUAAUGUAUAUACGUAUGUGUGUGUGUGUGUGUGCACUCUUCUCUGAUAGUGGUCCUUGUUCAUAUGGCCUCUCAGGGUAUUUAGUAUAAUUGGUCAAAUGAUGAUUGAGAGGUAUCACGUGCACUUAUCAAAUUUGUUUGUACAUUCCAAUUUGGUAGUCUGUUCUCUGGUGUACUUUAUUCAUUUACUCAAGGAACUGGUGCUCUUAUUUGCAACUUGCUGCCUAAGAAAGAUGUUGUCUAAAGUAAAAUGUUACUUGAGGCUGUUUAAUUCACAGUACUUUAAGUGAUUGUUAAAACCGUAUAGUGAAUGAAGUACAGUGUAUCAUUUUGAGUCAGUGUUAUUUUUUUACAUGUAUUGAGUCAAGCUUUACUAAUUAGGUAAGAGUUAGUUGUGUUUUUUGUUUCUCCUGAUAAGGCAUAGAAGUUGCUAUAGUCAUAUAUUGUUUAUUAAAACUUGGCAAGA